AUGACAUCCUUGUCUCGGCUAACCGUUUUAUACAUCCAUGUGGAAAAUGUUGAAUGCUUGUCUCAGGACAUCCCUGGUCCAUGGAAAAACCUGAAGAAAUUCCAUAUAUGUGUGGGUAGAGAUUACACAGACAGCAAAUCAGCAAGGAGUAUAAAAAUUGAGAAUUUACCAUGUUCAAUUGGAAAUUGGGUUGAGGUGUUGUUUAAGAGAACAAACGAGCUAGAAUUAGUGAGCUGUGGGGGUACUGAGAAUCUCAUGCAAUCACAUGAACUAAGUUUCAACAAUUUAGAGAUCCUCAUUAUCAAAGAAUGUGGUGAAAUGGAAUAUUUUGUAAGUGCGGAAGAAGAAGAGACUCCAUGGAAUGUAUUCAAGCAUUUGAAGGAGCUGACGCUAGAUGAGUUAAUAAAUCUAAAGUCAUUCUGCCGGGGCCCACUUCCAGCCGGUUCCCUCCAAAACCUGAGAAAGUUAAAAAUAUUCCGUUGUAAUAAAUUAAUCAAUAUCAAGCCAUCUGAUCUGCCUCAGAGUCUGGAGAAAUUGAAAGUAAGUCAUUGCGAUGAGUUAGUGGAAGUCUUUCACUUCCAGGGGACCUCAAAAGAAUAUGCUCUACUUUCAAAAUUAAGGAAACUCAAAUUGAAUGAUCUACCAGAACUGACAAGUAUUUGGAAGGGGGCUGUACCUCCUCUUGGUAGCCUCCACCAUUUAGAGUACCUAACCGUUGAAGAUUGCAAGAAACUGAGAUAUCUCAUCUCACCUGCUCUGGCACAAAGACUUCAACAAUUAAAGUUGCUUGGCAUUGAGUCCUGUGAGAAGAUGGAGAAAUUAAUAGGGGUGGAAGUAGAAGAGAGCACAAUUGCAUCAUUAUCGUCAUCAGCAGGAUCAAGGCAAUCAGAACUGAUGUGUCUCCCUCACUCACUUCCACAUGUAAGAAUGUUCCCCAACCUUCAAACAUUGCACAUUCAAGAAUGUCAUGGUUUCCAGAAUCUCUUUUCGUUGAGUGUCGCCCAGGGUCUCUUGCAACUCAAAUAUCUCGAUAUCUCCUAUUGCAAGGGAAUGGAGGUGAUAAUAGCAAAGGAGGCAGAUGAUGAAGUGGUGGAUCAAGGCAUGCUUCCGAGGUUACGAGUUUUACAAUUAGAGGGGUUACCACAACUAAUAAGCUUCUACCAAGGAGUUGGGGUACUUUUCGAUUGGCCUUCCUUAGAAUAUCUUGAUGUGCCGAGCUGUCAGAAUUUCAAGAAGAUUCAAAUGGGACCUCAUAGCGCUCCAAACCUAAAGGCAAUCUAUUCAAGCAAAGAAUGGUUGGAGGAUGUGGAUUGGGAAGACGAGAGCCUUAAAACCCGCAUUCAACCCCUUAUUCAUGAGUUCAUUUCAGGACAUGUGUCAAAAAUGAACCGUAUCUAA